AUGGUCCUGACCCAUCAGGAGCUAGAGGCGGGAGUCACUGCCGGAGGAGAGGUCCGCUUCCGAACUACGAACUACGCUUCCCAGGAGGCUGCUCGCUGUACCGUGAAGCACUUCCGGCAGAAUCCCCUCCUCUUUCUGACUCCCCUGUUGGCCCAGAGAUCCUUCUUCGACGUGCUGUCUCCUCCGCCUCGCCUUCAAGUCAGCCCAGGCUCUGAGAUGGACCCCGCGGCAUUGCUCCGGGUUUCGGCGGACCACGAUCUUAACUGUAAGACAAGGAAGAAGAACCCAGUGAACUUUUCCUGUGAAUACUUUGGGAACUUCCUUUCUUCAGCAGAAUCAAAUCCAGAAGUCCAUCCCUGGCCUUCCUGCCCUCUGGCCUUUGACGAGCAGCAAUUUCUUAGUCAACAUGAGCUGCGCAGUCGUCCUAUUCCAGAUUUGCACUCAGUAAAUCCACUCCGACCAGGAGAUUCUUGCCCAGAGUAUCAGCAGCGGCAGCAACAGCAUUCUGAUGAAAACAACCGGGGGGCUGAAGCAGACAAUCAAGCAAGGGGAGAUUCUAAAUCCUUGUCUGGGAGUAUAACUGAGAGGGGGACUCCCCUAGUUCACCCCAGCUCCCAGACAGGCAAUUGAGUGUUGAAGGUACAACUCAGGCCAGCCCCUAGGACAUGCUCUGGGAAAGCGCACAAGGUUCUUGAGAGGGUAGAAACCUGAGGAUUUGGAGCAAUGGAGUUUGGAGAGCGUGGACUAGAUUUCAGCCGGAAGACAAACUUACUCAGACACAAGGCAGUCACAGGGGAAACACGCGUGUGCAGCGAGUGUGGGCGAGGCUUCGGUGGGAAGUCACAUUUCAUCAGACAUGAGAGGACACACACAGGGGAAAAGCCUCAUGGGUGCAGGGAGUGUGGGCAAGCUUUUAGCUGCAAGUCACACGUCAUCAGACACCAGAGAACACACACAAGGGAGAACGUGUGCACAGUGUAUAGGUGAGGCAUUACGGAAAAAUCAGACCUCAUGAAGCACCAGAGGAUUCACACAGGAGAUAAGCCUUACGUGUGCAGGAACUGUGGCUGUGGCUUUAGGGUGAAAUCAUACCUCAUCACCCACCAGAAGACGCAUUCUGGGGAGGAGCCUUGUGUGUGUGUGUGAGCUUUUAGCCACAAGACAGUCCUCAGCACACAGCAGAGGACACACACAGGAGAGGAGCCUUACAAGUGCAUGGUGUGUGGGCGAGGCUUUAGCCACAAGUCUACUCUCAGCAUACAUCAAAGGACACACUCAAGGGAAAGGCCUUAGGUGUACAAGGAGCAAGGGUGUGACCUAGCAACAAGUUAUCCAUCAGACACACCAGAGGACACACACAGGGGAGAAGUCUUGAUUGUAAGGGAAUGUGGGCUAGGCGUUAGCUGGAUAUCACUCCUCAUUACACAGCAGAGGAUAUGCUCAGGGAGAAAUCUUAUGUACAGGGAGUGAGGGUAUAGUGUUAGCUGGAGGUGGCCUCUUAAGAAACACUGAGACUCAGGAGCCUGGGUGGUUUAGUGGGUUAAACACCUGGCUCUUGAUUUCAGCUCAGGUCAUGAUCUCUCAGUUCAUGAGAUCGAGCCCCACGUCAGGCUCUGUGCUGACAGUUUGCGUGCAUGCUCUCUCUCUAAAUAAAUAAAUAAACUUUAAAAAAGGAAUUAAAAAAAAAAGAAACACUGAGAGUCAAAUCUGUCCACCGUACAUGAGUGGGCUUCAGGGACAGUCUUCUGACCCCUUAUGCCCUCUGUGAGCGUGAAGAUGGCAGAGGCCCAGCUUCUGAGAAGAGAGGUACCGAGCUAUGGUCCUCUUGGGGAAGCGGUCUUUGCACCUGAUUGACGACUUCUUACUUCCUUCUGCAAGUCUGUUGACUUCCAUUGACUUCUGCCAUGCUCUCCUGUUUUCUUUUUUUCUAUGUUCCUAACCUGCUGUAUCCUCUUCUACCCUCACCUUUAGGUAUUGCUCAAGGUUGGGUCUCUAACCCUGCAAUCUGAGGGACUCCGCAGCCAUGUCUUCCUUCUACCCUCUAAUCCCAAGCCCAGGUCCCUUUAACCACCCCCCAAAAGUUCUUUAGUCUCAGGACUUACACCUCAUAACCAUGCUGCUUUGGCCCUCUCCUGGCAGGUGUAAGAUUACCAGCCAUGCCCACCACCAGUCUGAUAAUACCAGGUUUCGAGGCUUUCAAGCACAGCCCCUCAGAAGCACCCCCAUCCCCCAAUCUCAGUGCCCAGCCUUUUAGCCACCCACCCACAUCCGUCCUCACUAUGCUGCUAAAGCCGCUCUCACCUGUCUUACAUCCCCAGGGCCCAGAUGGCCCAGAUUCCUGAUUUGUCUCACUCCCUUCUUGGCCAACAUGAUGGAAAGAAAAAAUAUUUGUUUUCUAUUAAAAUCCACACAGGGUGCCUGGGUGGCUCAAUUGGUUAAGCAUCUGACUUCAGCUUGCAUCAUGUUAUCAUGGUUUGUGAGUUAGAGCCUUGCAUCAGGCUCCAUGCUGUCAGAGAGGAGCCUGCUUGGGAUUCUUUCUCUCCCUGUCUCUCUUUCCCUUCCCUCACACACACGCUCUCUCUCUCUCAAAAUCAAAUAAAACUGUAAAAAAUAAUCAAAUCCACACAGAUGUUGUAGAGAUACUACACGGGCCUGGCUUAGUGAGACCACUGUCAGAUUCAGGAAUCACGGGAGAGGUGCAGAGGAGACCUCUGUCCAGGCCGGGGCAGAUAGCUUCAGGAUUCUUCAGUCAGAAGUCACUCCCUCCUUUGUCUUCCUUUGUGGAAAAGGGAUUGAGAUCGGGUCUAGGAUGGCACAGUCUCCACAAUGACAGGCUUAAGGUGUUGUGAGAUCUUCAGAAUAAAGGGUUGUGGGUGGAGGAAAGGAUGGGAAAAGGAGGCAAACACUCCGAGGACAGUUGGGGUUCAUAGAAUGUCCUGCCUAGGGAGGAAUGGCUGAAGUUUUGCUGUAGGGGCAAAUGGCUGGUUUCUGACGGAUGUUAAGAGAUCCCAGACUCAAAAACUGUAGGGCCUGCUGAGUAAAACUGAGACCAGUGUUCAGUUCCUGUUUCCUGCUGGCUUCAUCCUUCAAACAUGCCCCUAAGGUUCUCUGGUUCUGCCCCUUUUGGGGAAGUUUUAUUUAGCCCCACAAAUGCUUCAUCCCUUUUUUUUUUUUCUUAGCUUCGCCUCUCAGUACAGACUCCUUCCUUUGUUUCCCAAAUUUUCUUUUAAUGUUGAAGUGCCUGCAGGCUGGGACUGUGGGGAAGAGUGUUUUUGGGGGUGUGCAGAGAGGGCACUGGAGGAGCUACUUGCUGUGUCUGCCCCUUUCCUGACUUCAUGGGGAUGAGGAUAGAACCUUCCAAGGUCAGCUCACGUUGCUGUGACUGAUUCCCUACCCUCUGCCUUCCUGGGUAAUAGAGACACUCCCAUUACACCAUCCUACCUUUGCACAGUUUUAACGUGUUAACAGAUCCGCCUUUAGAGGCCAUUUUCCCAUGAGGCUUUGUAGGAGUGCCCUCUCAACUCAACCCAGGGGUCCUGGUUUUCUUUCCUUUCCUUUCCUUUCCUUUCCUUUCCUUUCCUUUCCUUUCCUUUCCUUUCCUUUCCUUUCCUUUCCUUUCCUUUCCUCUCCUUUCUUUUCCUUUCCUUUUUUAAGUUUAUUUAUUUUGAGAGAGAAAGACAGAGGCAGAGAGAGAGCGAGAGAGAGAAUCCCAAGCAGGCUCUACACCAUCAGUGCAGAGUCUGAUGUGGGGCUCAAAUCCAUGAACCGUGAGAUCAUGACCUAAGCCAAAAUCAAGAACCGGAAACUUGGGGCGCUUGGGUGACUCAGUUGGUUAAGUGUCCAACUUCGGCUCAGGUCAUGAUCUUGCAGUUCAUGAGUUGGAGCCCCACGUCGGGCUCUGUGCUGACAGCUCAGAGCCUGGAGUCUUCUUCAGAUUCUGUCUGUCUGUCUCUCUCUCUGCCCCUCUCUACUCUUUCUCUGCCUCUCCCCUACUCUUUCUAUCUAAAAUAAAUUUAAAAUUUUUUUAAAUUAAAAAAAAAAAAGGAGUCAGACGCUCAACCUACUGAGCCACCCAGGUGCCCCCAGGGGUCCUGGUUUUCUGCAGCUGCUUCCAUCAUCAUGCCCACCUCCCCUGCCUCUGCUCCUACUUUCCACCUCGUGAGAGCGCCUUUCAUACCCUGACCUCAAUGAUACCUCUUUCUAGACCUUGGGGUGAGAGAUGGGAAUUAAAGCCCUCACAUGUGGCUUCUGCUGGGCCUUAGGGUGAGCCUCUCUCCAGGGAGGAAGAGAGAAAGGUGGGAUGAGACUUAGGCAUUUAUAAGUCUUAAAGAGAUCAUAGAUCUUAAGGAGGUCUCAGAGCCUUAGAAUGCAGGAAUGGUGAAUCCAGGGUGCUCUUGGAGAGCUGGGAUAAAGUUGGGCUCAGCUUAGGCAUCCGGAGCUGCUCAUAGGGGGAAGCAAGUCCCACUCUUCACCCUGACCUUGGAUGAUUCAAGGGCCCAGGCUCCUUAGGGCCAUAUGUGACCGAGAAGAAUAAGCCUGAGGGAGAAUUUGUAGGAUAAUGAAUUCAUGGGACAGAAUUUUUUGGGUAAACGAGUGUUUGAGCUUAGAGAUUCCAAUUCUAUGGGAGAGGAUUUUGUGUGGUGGCAGGCUGAUAGGUGAGAAAACUUUUGCAUGUUCUAAUAGCUACUGUGAAGAGGUAUCUGUCUUUUGAAAUGUCCACAUUUUGUUGGAUUUCUGUUACCACCUGUUUUAAAGCUGAAUCUAUACUGAAAAUAUUUUUUAUUAAUCUGGUAUGUUUUAAUCAUAAGUGUUUUAUUUGAUUUGAAAUAAGAUGUACCCAGUUGCAGAAAUAGAAAAUGAAUUUACUUGAUUUCAGGUUAAAACAAAUACAUAUUGCCAUCUUCUGUAAAUAAUCAUUUUUAAGCCUUAGAAGUUAUUCUCUUACAGGACAUAAUGGUCAUAUGGAGCCAGAUCUGUGUCUGGGAGAUAGUAACUGCACAACAUGUAGCAUCUAUUAUGAUUUCUUUUCACUGUCAAACUUAGCUUUGGAAGAUGAACCAGUUCUUGAAGUCCAGCUCUCAUUCCAGGGCUCUUUCCUUUCUGUCCCACUGACCUUGUCCAUUCUGAGUUCUCUGACAGAUGUUAGGUCUUUGGAGCUGUGGUUUCUCCUGCCCCUGGGAUUCUCUGUUGUUUCUGUUGAGCCAGCCAGAGAUCACUUACAUAUGUGUGCAAGUCCCUGAACACACAGGAGCAUUCUCAGUACAGGAUGUACAACACCCAUGUCAGUUACGCAGUCAGCAGUGGGAGCAACAACAGUGGUGCAUUGAACUGGCUCAGAAGCUCUACUCACAAGUUCACUUUAGUUCCCUUUCCCCACUACAAACCCAUGCAUUGUAUUUGGGAACUGGCAAAGGCUCAUUCUUGUGUCUGUUUGUGUGCUCUAACACUAGGGGCCCAGAGUUUGAGGGAGUGGUGGGCACAGAAACAUCUUUGUGUUUCAGCAAUUAUUUUAAGCCUUCACACCUUGACAAAAAGGUUCUUGAUGUACCCAGACUUCUACUAGCUCAGUGUCUGCAAUGAUUCAUUCUUUCACUAUUUACAUGAACCCAGUAAAUCUUAGACAAUGAAUUUGCU